AUGGGCUCCGGCAGGGAACAUGCCCCAGCCAUUCAGCUACUGCUGCCGCUAGGCGAAAAGCCGCGGACAGCAGCAACCCCAGGACGAGGCGGAGGCCCAGCAGAGACGUCGAAGCCGCGGGGGGGCCGGGCGGCGGCAGCGCAGGCCCACUUCGACGCCGACGAGCUGUCCCGGCGGCUGUACGUGGUGCUGGCCGAGCAGAAGGCGCACGCCGAGCGGAAACGCCGGGCACGCGCCGAGGCAGCGGUAUCGUCAUCGCGGCGAGACGGGUCGGGAGGCACGACGAGACACGACGCCGGACGGUCAUCCGACGGAGCAACGGCCACGCAGCAGCAGCACAAGCAGCCGGCAGAGGCUCCGCCGCCAACCAACCUCAUCUCUGAUCUGAGGCAGUCUCAGGCCGCCAAGCGAAAAUCACAGGUGGCUGAUGUCGGCCAGUUCUCCGACGCCGCGGCUGCCGGCGAGACCCCCGAGUACCACCACGUGCCUCGAGAGGCGGCCAAGCAGUUCGCCCGGACAACGACGGUGGAAGUGAUGCGGGAGAACAGCGGCGUGCACCAGCUGUCGGGUCGGGCACUCAAAUUCCACAUGGACGGGCAGCGGACGAUACGGGCAGUGGCCCCGGAGACGACGGCAACCGGAGGCGGCGGCGGCGGCGGCAGCGACCCCCUGAUGCCGUCCGAGCUGAACCGGGCCCUAAAGCACAGCCAGACGCAGCGCGACCGGGUGCUGGACCGGAACCAGUUCCAGCGCACGCGCACGCUUGAGGAGGCGGCGCAGCUGGAGCAGGAGCAGCGGCGGGACGAGGCGCUGCGCAACCGGCACACGUUCGAGGGGGAGCUGUCUCGAAUCGCGCCCGAGGGCAGCAGCGGCAGGAAGCACCACCACCGCCACCAGCACUCGCAGUCGCAGCCGCAGUCACUCGCCGGCGGCGCCAACAACAACGCGAGGAGGAACAACAUGGGCGGCACGGCCGUGAUCGAGCUGCUGGCCGACGGCGGCGACGGGGCCGGCACGGGGAGCCGGCGGUCGGUGCUGAUGCUUGACGCCGCCGUGGUGGACGCCGUGUCGGACGAGACGCCGCCCGAUGACGAGCCGCAGCUGGGGCAGUUUCCCGCGCACGAGCACCGCGUCGACUGGACGCAGAGCGACGAGGGGUCCAAGACGCGGCCGAAGCUGCUGCUGACGCCCCUGCUGCGCAAGGCCGACUCGCUGUGGGGGAUGCGGGGACGCUUGGGAAGCGGCAGCGGCAAGGGGGGGCCGCAACCGCCGUCGCCGUCUGCGACAGCGACAGCGCCAACGGCCGUGAGCCAAGUAAAGACACAGAGAGGGAGCCCGGCAAAAUCAUCACCCGCACAAGAGAAGAACAGUACCAUUUCCGCUGCUACUACUGCCCUCGCCACGACCGCGACGACGACGACGUCAACGACGCAACUGAGAUCUCCGAAAUCUAGCUUCUUUGCAAAGUUCAAACGUUAG